AUGUCGGCUCAAGACUACUACAACUCGCAGCAAGGCCAGGGCUACGGCAAUCCCGGCCAGCAAGGCUACGGCCAACAGGCUCCCUACGGCGGGCAGGGACAGCCUCCUCAGCACUACCCGCAACAGGCUCGCCCUCCGCAGAACUUCCACUCUCCUCCUCCGCCCCACCACCACCACCAGCAGCAGCAGCAGCAACAGCAGCAAUACCCUCCCCAGUCCCACUACCAGCAGCAGCAGCCCUACGGCGGCGCCCUUCAUGGCAGCUCACCCUACCCAUCCGCUCCUCACCAGGGACAAGGCCAAUACAACCCUCCGUACCAGCAGCAGCACGGAGGCGGACAGCCAGGAUACGGCGCACCACCACCGGGCCAGCAUGACAGCCGCGGCAGCAGCAUGAUGGGCGGCGGGCUGCUAGGCGCGGCCGCCAGCGCGCUGCUCGGGGGCGGACAUGGCGGACACGGAGGCGGAGGACAUGGAGGCGGAAUUGGCGGCGGCGGGGCGUUCAACCCGGCGACUGCUGCGGCCGGUAUGCUAGGCGGCGUUAUGGGAGGGGGCAAGCACAAGAAGGAGAAAAAGCACAAGGACGAGAAGUACAAAAAGGAGAAGAAGCAUCACAAGCGCAAGGGGUCCGGUUCGGGGUCGAGUGGCAGCUCUGAUAGCGAUUCAGAUUAA